GCGCAUGGCAUGUGAUUGGGUGAUUUAGAACAUUAAUUUUUAGCGUUUUGACUUUGACCUUUCACUAGGCUAAAGUAUCGACACGUGUACAUAUAAUUUAAUUUUUUAUGAAUAUAUAUUUAUGUGACAUUGAUAUGAUCAUGGGCCAACGUUUUAAAAGUGGAUGUAUGUUCCCGGCUUUGGAGAAGCUUCGCCGGAGGCUAAGGCAGCGAAGCAUCUGCAUGACUUUUUUACUUACGUUGCAGUGAGGAUAGUUUCUGCGCAGCUUGAGAGUUAUAACCCUGAGGCGUAUAUGGAGUUGAGAGAAUUUUUAGACACAAACUCUGUAAGUGACGGCGACAAAUUUUGCGCCACUCUCAUGCGUAGGUCUUCACGUCACAUGAACUUAGCCCUUCGAAUUUUAGAGGUACGGUCUGCUUAUUGUAAAAACGAUUUCGAAUGGGAUAAUUUGAAGCGCCUCGCCUUCAAGAACGUAGAUGGAUCCAACACAAGACUCAUGCGUGAAUACGUCUUGGAGACUAGCCAUGUCGAAACCGAUUCCGAUAAGUGAAACCUAAUAUCUCUUUGAAUCA